AUGCCCGUCCGACAAAAGUCAUGGGGCCUACCCGUAGGGCCCCCGGAUCGAACAGCAACGAUAAAAGCCGACGAGAACGAGCUCGAACAGCAGAGUACCGAAGCUGCUGUCAAAUACUGGUUAUCAGAGGCAGAGAAGCUCCAGCCAGAGCAGCGUGUGCUUUUCGAGCGAGGCGCGGAAGCGGACAGCUACGAAGACUAUGUGUCGGACUUGACCCGCGCAGUCCAGAAUACCACCAACUCGAGCAAAGUUUCCAGGCUCUCGAGGAAGAUGAAGCCCGUUUACGCACUGGUCAAGUCAGUCGCGCCGCUGGUAGCCUCUGCGGACCAGGCCAGCCCAUUCCCGCCAUCUCUGGUCAUCGGAGGCAUCACUUGCAUUUUGUCGGCCAGCAACCGCGUGGACGAUUACCAAAGCAAAGUCAUUGAGAAGAUGGAGGGAAUGGUUGACGAGAUUGAUUCUAUCAACCAAUAUCGCAGAGAAGGGAUUUUCCAGGAUGAUCCUGGAAUCAAGGCAUGCGAACUGAACCUUGCCACUGAUAUUUUUCAAUUCUGUGUGAGAGUGGCACCCAUUUUCUUUGAUGAAAAGGGAAGGGAAAGAAAUGGUCUUUCCGUGGCUUUGAAAAUGCAAUUGAAGGACUUCGACAUCAAGUUCGGCGACAUCAUGGCACAUUUCAAACAACACCUUCGUGCUUUAGAGAAUCGGAGAGGCUUGAUCAACAAUCGAUGGAUCAAGGAAACACAUUUCGGGGUCAAAGAAAUGGGUCUCUUAAUGGAACAAAACUCGCAGGACAAGAAGGGAGCGAUGGAAGAAAAGCUACGACAACAAAAGCAAGAUGAGGACAUUGAAAGAGGUGAAGCAUCGUCCUCAAUUCUGCAAUUGCUCUAUACUGACUACCUGGCAGCGCAAAGACGUAAAGAGUUUCUCGACUGGCUUCCCUUCAUUGACUUUGGAGAAUUUCACGACAACGCAUUUGAUAGAAGUGUUGAUGGUACAGGAGAAUGGCUCACCAAGAACAACAACUACAAGGCAUGGAGUGACAGUUCAUCGUCAUCUAUGCUGUGGAUUCGUGGGAAGCACGGCUCUGGGAAAUCCCACCUGGCGUCCUGUAUCAUCGAAAAGCUAUUAUUGGAGGCAAAGACUGCUCCGGGCAAUGCCGUAGCAUUCGUCUAUUGUACCACGACACAGUCAAAGACCGAAAUGACACUCAACAACCUCUUGGGCUCCCUUCUGAGGCAGAUUUGUAGACAGCUUCCACCAAGUCGGGAUGUCAAAGACUUGAUCUCGAAAGACGAUUACAGCAGCAAAGACUCUCCUCGGCGAAGCGAUCUCAAGAGCGGCAUUCUAAAAGCUAUCUCGGCAUGCCAGGCGAGUUCAAUUAUAGUCGAUGGUCUUGACGAAUGCAGCAAACUGAACGAUAGCCACUUCAAGGAGUUUUGCGAUUUCAUUGCUAGUCUGGUAGAGAAGUCAGGUGCUGUCACAAAGGUCAUAGUACUGAGCAGACCAAAUUACGGCGAGAUCGACAAGAUUAUGGGAAAUAUCUCUCAUGUCAUAGAUGUCGACACAGGCGCUAAUCACGACGACAUUGAGAGGUUCGUAUCGCAGACUAUCUCCGAGAUAAAUUCAGAGCCCUCGCAAGAAGAACCGCAAGAUUUUGAAGAAAUCAAGAGCAAACUUGUCAACAAUGCAUCAGGAAUGUUCUUGUAUGUUCGUCUCAAAGUGCGAGAUUUCGAAGAUCUUGGGAAUGCCGAAGAUAUCAGAGCUUCGUUGGAAGACACCGUUGAAGAUCUGAACGAUUUGUACGGACAGGCCAUCAACUCAGUGCUCGAAAAGCGCACGCCCUUCAGAGAAAGAGCACUAAUGGCUCUCAUGUGGAUCACAAACUCUCGUCGCCCAUUGUCGAAGAUGGAGUUACUCGAAGCUUUAUCGCUCAAGCUUAAGCGAAAUAGCAUCAGAAGCAGCCUGUUAGUAUCCCUAUUAUAG